AUGGCGGCAAUUCAGGAAGCCACAGUCGUCAGCCAUGAUCUCCCGGUUGAGGGCGAGGAGAACCACUUGAAGUCCGUGUCACGUUUCACGAGAUGGUACCGAAGUCCACUAUUCAACGUCAUCCUGGCGGGACUUAUUUCCUUCACUCAACCGGGCAUCUGGAACGCCUUGAACAACACGGGUGCCGGUGGUCAGCAAGAACCAUACUUGGUCAACGGUGCGAAUGCUCUGACAUUCGGCCUGAUGGUCUUUGGAUGCUCCAUUUUCUCGAUUCUGGCAAAUAAGAUCGGUCUCAAGUGGGUUCUCGUCAUCGGUACUCUGGGCUACGCUCCCUACUCCGCGGCGCUGUACAUGAACAACCGCUAUGGAGUCGAGUGGUUCGUCUUGUUUGGUGGCGCAACCUGCGGGAUCGCAGCCUCAGCUCUCUGGGCCUCUGAAGGCGCCAUUGCCCUUGGCUAUGGAACUGUACAUGACCGCGGAAAGUUUACCGGUAUCUGGCUUGGCCUUCGUGAGCUCGGCCAACUCGUUGGCGCUUCGAUCCAGUUAUCUCUGAACGUGAAGGACGGUCAGCGUGGCAAGGUCGGGUACAGCACUUACCUCGUGCUCAUUGCCUUGCAGUGCCUAGGGCUGCCCCUAGCUCUUCUCGUCUCCCCUCCGGAGAAAGUCAUCCGACCGGAUGGUAGUCGACUCCGAGAUCCGACCAAGAACAAGGCUGUCCUCGGCGAGUUUAAGAGAUGGUGGGCCGUGUUGAAGAAGAAGCAGAUGCUGUUCCUGAUUCCCGUACUGGUUGGCUUCAACUGGAACGGCACAUAUUUGGGCAUUUAUCAGGCCGCCUACUUUUCGGUUCGGGCCAGAGCUCUGAGUGCGCUUGUCUCUGGACUUGCUGCGAGCGCCGCAAAUAUUUUCUGGGGCUGGUUCUAUGAUCUGAAGUACUUCAGCCGUCCUCAGCUGGCCAAGAUCACUUGGGCCUUUCUAUCGGUCAGCAUGCUAGCGCUCAUGGGCUGGCAGACUGCAAACGAGCAUUUGUAUGCCAACACAUCACCCAAGCCGACACUUGAUUGGGCCAAUGCGGGCUUCGGUCGCGGGUUUGCAAGCAUGGUUCUCAUGCGCUUCAUGAACGAGUCACAUUACAUGUUUGUCUACUGGAUCCUCGGGACAUUCUUCGACGACAUCGAAACUCUGACCCUUGGCGUCGGCAUUGUACGCUCGUUCGAGUCGGUUGGAUCUGCCUUGUCUUACGGCGUCGGCGCUGUGAAGACCCGGCCCAUGGUAAACCUUAUCAUCUCUUUCGCCAUGUUUGGUGUCACCAUUCCGUCUACUACCUUCGCUACAUUCCUGGUGCCUGAGCGGCCCCAUGAUGAGACCAAGCCGGGCUCUGAUAUAGACUCCCUUGAAGGAGAGAUCGCUCCUGCCACUAUUGCCAAAGCUGCCGAAGCAGCGGAUGGGCCUCACGCCUAA